GAAAAAAUAAACAUGGAGGUUGUUUGUUAUGAAAAUGAAGACGAUAAUAUUUAUCAAAUUUAGCCAUUGAAUUCUCACGAUGAAUCUUAAAAAUCUGUUUCAAGAUUUUAAUCCAAGUAAAUUCUUGGUGUUCACAUGUUUGCUUGUAUUCUGUCUAUUGUUUUCUCUACGAUUAGAUGGAACAAUAGAAUGGAGUUAUUGGGUUAUAUUUUUACCUAUAUGGUUAUGGAAAGUUAUGGUUAUAGCAGGGGCUCUUGUUGGUAGUUAUGUGUGGUGGAAAAACCCACAUUACAGAGGUGAAGGUGAUAGCUAUGUUCAAUAUAAAGCAAUGGUAAUGUGUACUGGACUUCAUAUGCUGUUAUUAAUGUUUGAGAUACUGGCCUGUGAUAACUUAGAGACCAAUAACCAUAGUUGGAUACUUGUUUUCAUUCCACUAAUGUUUAUGUCUGUUGUAUCCAUCAGUAUUUGUAUCUGGGCUGUUAAAAAUGAACGAGCAUUUGAGAUGGAGUUAUUUUGUUCAGUCAACAUACUACAAUUUAUAUUUCUGGCUUUAAGACUUGAUAAAGUAUUCCAGUGGAGUUGGGUGAUUGUAUUUAUUCCUAUCUGGAUUGUAAUGUGUGUGACAUUAAUUGGUUUGUUAUAUGCCAUUGUUUUAGCUAUUAUACUACUCAAAUCACCUGACAUUAUACCAGAACAGCGCAGAGGGAAUGUUUCUACUGCUGUUGGCUAUUUUUUCUUAGUUGUACCAUUAUUAGUAUUUGAGAUAUUAUUAGCCAACAGAUUGGAUCACGCAAAUCAGUUUAAAUUUAGUGCUAUUACUGUUCCUUUAUUAAUGUCAUUGAUAACUCUUAUAUGUUUAUCAUUUGGAUCUAAAGGUGGAAAUCAUUGGUGGUUUGGUGUACGAAAAGACUUUUGUCAGUUUGUAUUAGGCGUGUGUCCAUUCCUUCAAGAGUACGGGAAUAUUUCUUACAGUUUACAUAGCAAUGACUCAGAUAAUGAUUCCACUACAAGUCAACACGUUAAAACAAAAUCAUCACUCAAAAAAUCAGACUAUAUUGUUGACCAACCAAGAACUGUUAUAUCAGUAUUAUCUAUUGAAAUGCCAGAUUAGUCACAUUUUACAGUUGUGUUACAAACCAGGGUAUCUAUCUGUCCAAUUUAUUUCAAAUAUAUUUACUUGCCAAAAGUGUUAAUUAUAUGUCGAGAGAGAAACACAAAACUGUGUAUGUAUUUCAUAUGAGCAGAAGAAUCUGUGUACGGCUACAUGAAUAAUUGUAGUAUGUUUUUAUUUGUGAUAAAAGAGAAGAGUUAUAUCAGUGUAUCAGAAAAUGAUACAUAGACAGUAAUUACACUCCCAGUGGUCCAAUUAUAAUGAAUUAUUAGGGAAGUGUCUUUAAUAAAGCUGUCAGCUGAUUCGUCAUUUCAUGAAUUAUAUGAUUAUAAUGACCAAGGAACAUGAGCCUUAAGGCUUGUCAUCUAUGAGUGCAAACUUGCGGCAAAAGUAAUGACAACUAUUUUUAUUUUAUUUAAUUUAAAUUUGGACAACUUAUUUAAUAUAUGAUUUUGUAGUUCAAAAAUAUUCUUGAACUUAUUGCAACGUAAUUAUGAAUCCAGCUUUAAUACUUUCAUAACUGAGGACUGAGGUAUUAAAUCAAGAACAUUUUUAUAAAACUGUAACGCUUGUUGAAAUACAAUAUUGCAUAGUCUCUCAUUUCACUCACAUUUUCUUAUCCAGACUGACUGUCACUGAAAAAUUGACUGGUUGACAAAUUACUAGACUGUCCUCUAGUCUAUCAUGAUAAUAUAGUAAAGUGAUCAGCUUAGAUCUUUAUUCAUAGACUCUACCGAAGGAGGAGAAAUCAGAUCUUUGGCGAAAUUUUCCAUAAUGAUUGACAUCUCAAAAUUGUCACUCAUUGACAGGAGUUUCAGAUUCAACUAGUGGAAUAAUUUCAACCAAAUCUCACCAGUAAAUUCCACCACUGCACAAAAGGUAUAAUCCUUAAUGUGGUGUGAUGAAAGUCAACAGCUAAAAUUGACACAAAGUAUUAUUAAUAUAUGUAAGGAUUGUAUAAAUCACAUUUAAAAGCAGUUCAAACUUUAGUAAAUUCUUUUAUGUUUUCUGCAUAGAGCUUGUAAAGAAACCUAAUUGACUAAAAGUUUCAAAUUAUUUUGAGACAGUAAUAUUAAUUAAUUAUUCAUAUUUACAGACCUGACCUCAUGACAAUUGAUUCACUAAUAUUAUUGUAUAUUUCAAUUUAAAAAAACAAAAAACAAAAAGCUGAUACAAAUCUAUACACGUGUAACGAGUAAUGAGCCAAAUAUUUUUUUUAUAUAACAAUAAAAUAUAAUCCAGUAAAUCUACCUCAGUUGUUUUAUAACAUUGUUAUAAUUCAUACAUAAAUAAAUCAAGAAAAUUUAUUAAAGGCAACUUACUUUCCCAAAAAUGUGGUUCACAAUAUAGAACUAUGUAUCAUGCCUGCCAGUAGUGUUAAAAUGAACUCUUUUUGUUUCAUAUUGAGGGGCCUUGCCAUAAUGCAGUUGUAGUUAGUUGGCCACAGCAUAGUGAAUCUCCAGUUAAACAUACAUUAUGCAAGAGCUAAAUCUGGCUAUUGCAGGUCUUUCUUUAGGCCUGAAAUGUUAUCUAAAUUAUUAAUCAGACAUUAAUUAACUUAUCCAGACCAUAAUCAACUCUCGAUGUCAUUGCUAGCCUGCGAUGUUUAUUGGAUUAGGUUCCGAUUUGCUGUUCGACUACCAUUCAUGAUUUAAUCAUGAAAUGGAUAAUCGAGACUAUGUUUUUUAUCGUACCGACUUUAGUAAUGAUGAUCGAGACUAGGUUGAAAAUUCAAUCGCUAAAAUCUUGGUUCAGAAUGGAGCAAUUUGACUGAAAUUUUCAGCAAAUUCCCUUUACAUUAUCUAGUUUUUAACUAUUAUAGUGAGAACUGCCAGCUCUUUAUCUAAUCUCCCAUAAUGUAUCUUUAAGAAAAAGAAUUACUAGGUAUGAACUAGGUAUUACUGUAUGGUAUGUUUAUUGGUGUCUCGUUCAAUAUAUUGAUAUUGUGUUAUUAUGGUUAUAUUAAGAAUUUGUGCAUAUAUUUGAUGGUGUCAUUUUAUGAGACAUGUGUGUUUGAAUGACAUGAAUAUGAAUGAUGAUAUAUAUAAAUUAUUUAUACAAUAUGUAAAUGAAGACAUAUUUUAAGAUUGUAUAUUUUUAUCCAUAUUUUGUAACCUGUAAAUAAUAGGUCUGUAUUUGCAUCCCAAUUCCUAGUCUGAUAGCUUUGAUAUGUUACUAUUUGGAGGAUUUGAAAAACUUUAGGAGCUUUAACACAAUGUAAGGAACUCCCCACUACUUUUGAUUCAUCAAAAUCUGAUUCAGUAUAAUUUUGAUUCAUCAAAAUCUGAUUCAGUAUAAUUUUGAUUCAUCAAAAUCUGAUUCAGUGUAAUUUUGAUUCAUCAAAACCUGAUUAUGUAUAAUUUUUAAUGGUAGAGGGGGUACCUUAGCUACAACAAUGCUAUAUUGAAACCCCAGUUUGUAUAAUAUUAUAAAAAACAGGAAAUUAUAUCUGUAUUCGAGAUAACUAUUUUUUUUGAUGUUAACCAGACCCAUUGCAAUUAGAAUAAUUCUACGAGUUACUAGCACUCACAUUGCUUUGAUAGAAUUUUAUUCGAAAUUCCAAUAUGCUAAAAAGAUGUUUUCCACUUUAUUAUCUGGAAAUCAAGGUAUUUGCAGGAUCUUUGCAACGUCAAGUGUCAUAGUCUCAAAAUCUUAGCUUUGCAAGUAUUUCACUUUGCUUAGUGGCUUUAAAUCAACCUUUAGACUUCAUUCAAUCAAAAGUACUUACCUGGUACUAAAAAUAUAUAUCUGCAUAUUUUAUUAAUAAAAGGUAGCCAAUAUGUAGGACAGUUACAGCUCCAGGUGAACGUAAGAAAUUGAAUUGGUAAAAAUUUACCAAUUUUCAAAAAUCUUCCACUGAACAACUAAACAAAAUUUUAAUGAUAUGUAAAUAUAAAUCAGCAUAGAAAUAAAUUCUUGUUCAGAUUUGUUCAAAUGAAAAGGCUAUAAGCUGUGAAGAUCUUGAGGAGUAGUAUGGAAUUGAUUUCUUAUGAAUAUGGUGAUUUAAUUCCGAGAAGUCUUCUUUUCUACAAGUAAUUUUUAUACGCCCACAUGGAAAUGUGGUCAUAUAUUGCUGUUGCCUCCGUCCGUCGUCCACAAUUUCUUGUGAACACUCUACAGACUACAUUAUUAUCCAAUUUGUAUUAAAUUUAUACCCAACAUUUAAACUAGUGAAACGAAGAAGUCUAUUGAAUUUCAGCAAUUUCCGUUAAUUACUUGGAGAGUUAUGGCCCUUGCUUCACUUUGUAGAACCUUUUGCUUUUGAAUGCACUACAGACAAAAGUUAUCUUUCGAUCUGUAUGAAAUUUAUAUACAUCAUUUGAAUUAGUGAAACGAUGAAUCCUAUUGAAUUUCGGCAAUUUCCAUUAAUCACAUCUAGGGUUAUGGCCCUUAUUUCACUUGUUGAAUCAUGUGAAUGAUUUAAUGACAAUCAUCCUAUCUGUAUGAGAUUUAUAUGCAUCAUUUUAAUUAGUGAAACAAAGAAGCAUAUUGAAUUUCAACAAUUUCCGUUAAUUUCUUCAAGAGUUAUGGCCCUUGUUUCACUUUGUUGAACCUUAUAAAUGCUCAAAUAAAGAAAGUUAUCAUCUGAUCUGUAUGGAAUUUAUAUACAUCAUUUAAAUUAGUGAAAUGAAGAAUCCUGUUGAAUUUCAGCAAUUUCCGUUAAUUUUGUCAUGAGUUAUGGCCCUUGCUUCACUUUGUUGCACCUUGUUAUAACAAAGGUUAUCAUCAUAUCCAUCAUUUCAAUUAGUGAAACAAAGAAUCUUAUUGAAUUUCAGCAAUUUCCGUUAAUUUCUUCAGUUAUGGCCCUUGUUUCACUUUUGUUAUACCUGUGAAUGCUCUCUAACUUAAGUUUUAUUUCUAAAAUAUUAGAGAAAUGUAUUGCUUCUCAUACUGUUUGUAUUAACCAUUUCAAAGUGCUUAUAAACAAUUUCACAGUACCGAAACAGCUUUAACCCGGGUUUCAAAUGAUAUUUUAAUGGAAAUUGAUAAUAGAAAAUGUACAUUUUUAAUUUUAUUAGAUUUAUCUGCUGCUUUCGACACGGUGGACCCUUCCAUUCUUCUACGUAGACUUCAAUUUAAAUUCGGUAUUUGUUGCUCUGCAUUAAAUCUUUUAGAGAGCUAUCUUGUGGGUAGAUAACAGUGUAUAUUAGUUAAUUGCAAAUCGUCAUCUGAAUCUGUUUUGUCAUCUGGGGUUCCCCAAGGUUCUGUUCUUGGUCCGAUUUUAUUUACCCUCUAUACGUCACCAUUAGGAGUAUUGUCAGAAAAUACGGUCUCAGCUUUCAUUUUUUGUAUGCCGAUGAUACUCAAUUAUAUAUUUCAUUUACACCUAAUUGUCCAUCUUCUUUCAAUUUAUCAAAAUUGCAACUUGAGAACUGUAUUAGUGAAAUUAGAAAAUGGAUGUCAAAGAACUUUCUAAAAUUGAAUGAUGAUAAAACCGAAUAUUUGUUAUUAGGCUCAAGGCAUCAAUUAAGUAAAUCUGCACAAGAUAACCCCCCUGUUGUAAUUGGUAAUUGUGAUAUAUUUUCAUCUUAUUCUGCUCGUAAUAUUGGCGCUAUCUUUGAUAGUUUUAUGCUUAUGGGAGCUCAAGUAAAUAAUAUUUGUAAAUUGUGCUAUUUUAAUAUUAGAAAUAUAGGUAAAAUACGUAAAUGUGUAACUGUAGAGGCCACUAAGUCACUUGUUAAUUCUCUGGUCCCUUCUCGAUUAGAUAACUUUAAUUCACUUUUAGUUGGUUUACCUUUAAAGCUUAUAGAUAAAUUACAAAAAGUACGGAAUACUGCGGCUAGACUUGUUACUUUAACUAAGAAAUGUGACCACAUAACUCCUGUUUUAUAUAAUUUACACUCGUUACCUGUUAAAUAUCGAAUUGAUUUUAAGAUUUUAUUACUUACUUUUAAAUGUUUAAAUAAUUUAGCUCCUGUUUACCUCUCAGAUCUUUUAGAACUUUAUACACCUGGCCGAACAUUACGUACAUCAGAUAAACUACUUUUAAAGCCCAAAACUGUUCAACUAGUCUCCUAUGGUCAGCGCUCUUUUAGUUAUCAAGCACCUGUUUUAUGGAAUAAUCUACCAUUUAGUUUAAGAUGUUGUACAUCUCUAUUCUUUUAAAAAACAACUUAAAACACAUUUAUUUAAUCAGGCUUUUAACUGACUCUGUAUACAAUCGUUAACAUGCCCAUAAUCUUGUUGUUUAUGUGUGAUUUACAUUGUCACUUUGUAAAGUGCCCCUGAACAUGUUAUAUGAAAGGGUGCACUAUAAAUAUGCUGUAAUAAUAAUAAUAAUAAUAAUAAUAAUAAUGAAAGAAGUUAUCAUCCAUUUUGUAUGAAAUUUAUACGCAUCAUUUAAUCUAGUGAAACGAAAAAGUCUAUUGAAUUUCAGCAAUUCCCAAAAAUUGCUUCUAGAGUUAUUGCCCUUGUUUAAUUCUAUUGAACCUUGUGAACGCUUGAAUGACAAAGGUUAUCAUCUGAUCUGUACAAAAUUAAUAUGCAUCAUUUAAAUUAGUGAAACGAAGAAGCCUUAUUAAAUUUUAGCAAUUUCAGUCUAUUACUUCUAGAGUUAUGGCCCUUGUUUUACUUUGUAGAACCUUGUGAACAUUCAAAUGACAAAAUUUAUCCUCCAAUCUGUAUGAAAUUUAUAUGCAUUAUUUAAAUUAGUAAAACGAAAAAGCCUGUCAAACGACGAAAAUUAUAAUCAGAUUUGUGUGAAAUUGUCUUGUAAAUGCCCCCCAUUACCUACAAAAGAAUAAGUAUGCGACAACCCUUGUCGACCGCUCAUACAAUUUAGCUGCUGUGGGCGUAUGUUUCGUUGCCUUGCAAUCUAUUUUACAAUGUUUAUUCCUAUUUAAAGGAGUGCUCCCAAAUUUAUCAAGAUACCUGUUCAUAUAGUGUUUUAAAAUAUGCAGAUAAAAAGCCAAAAUAUAAGCAUAAAGUGUGUCACCUGAUAAUCAUGGCUAUCCAGAAAUUUCUAAACUUUGACUAGUAUAAACAUGUUUUAUCCAGGCACAAUUAUAACCUGAAGUAAGAAAACGGUCACCAUCAAAAUUGUUUAAUUGUUUCUUCCAAAAUGUAGGAGUCUGCCACUACUGAAUGUUGGCAUACAUUGUAAUGCUAGUUAUUGAUGUUAUUAUCUAACAGAUUAAAUGAAAAUUUGAAUAAAAGUAUAAAUUUUA